UGCCACCAGGCUUUGUAGAACAGUUGGUUCAUAUGCAGCGUGGCUACCAACAAAUGGCCAAUAAUCCCAGUUUCACUCCAUUUGGGCCACAACAAGCCCCUCUUCAAGCUCCAGCAUAUCCAACUGGAGGCCCCCCAUAUCAUCAUUUUCUAAUGCCAACCAUGCAUAAUCCUCAGAUGAAAGUGGUGCCUGAAGAUCAACCAUUCAACUGGCUUCCUCAAGGCCUUGGAAACCACAAUCAGGAAUCCCACCGUCCUAGUACGUCUAACUCAAGAUGCCUGAACUCGCUCUACGAUCCAGCUUAUGAGGAAAUGGGUUUGCCCAUAGAUCCUCAUUUGCGCUUGUUUCUAGCAAGCAUGAACCAAGAUAAGGCAACUAGUAAUGAAACCAAUCGACCCAAGUGAUCAGCCUAUGGGAUCUCAGAUUCAUUGGUUAAAUGAACUUUUUUAGGGGGUUGCUUGCUAGUUUGGUUUAAUCUUUACUCUGGUGAUCUUUUUAUGUUUGUGCUAAGGGGAUUUUUUUAUUUUAUUUUAUGGACCCACAUG